AAAAGAUCAAACCUUCAAGGGGGGUUCCGUGGACCCCUUCGAUUCCCCCUGGAUCCGCCACUCUAGGUUGUUUCCGGGGUUUAUUUAGAAACAAUUAACUUAACAAUUGUAAAUGAAAAUGUCACGCAAUGCAGAAGACUUUUCAAAACGGGACCAGCAAAAAAACCUACUAAUAUAUGUUAUUACAGCUAAUUCUAAGCCAGUCCAAGUAUAUUUUCUUUUAUUUUAAUCCAGUAUUUUGAUUUAUUUGUGUGUGUUAAGACAAACCAUGCGAUGCGAUAUUGACACAAAUCUCGUGACUUCCUGCAUAACUUGUACGUCAUUGUACUGCAAGGGAGGGGUGUCCUGGUAAUCUCAUCAUUUUCACUCUAAAAAUACUGUUCAACUGUAAUGAAACAUUUUCACUAAACAUUUUGAAAACCAUGACACRAUCUUAUUUCUAUAUCAGGGAAGUGAGAUUAAUAAAGUCUGGAAGCUGACAUUUUGAGCAAUUGAUGUAAACUCCUAUCUCCCUACUGUCGGAACAAUUUUAGGGGUCAUGAAUAUUGCCAAAAAUCCAAAGAAAUCAGUCACCCUUGCUACAUACGUCGAAUAAUUAGAUUUGUUUUGCAUUAUUUUUCUUUCCUGUGAUCCUCUUUUGAUUUACUUGAGGCACAACGAUGGCCUCCAGUGGAGUACUCGACGUCUCUCCUCAGAUUCUUGAUGAAUUAAGUUGCUGUGUCUGUCGGGAGCUUUUGAGAGAACCAAAAAUCCUCGGUUGUGGGCAUACAGCAUGUAUUGAUUGUCUUGCUAAUAUGGUGGAAUUGGAAUUGAUAAACACAGGCGAUGUAUUCGCUCUGCAUCAACCAAGACUUAGAGAGGUGAUUCGUUGUCCUAUUUGUCGUAAUUGUACAAAUAUCCCAGUCAAUGGAAUCGACGAAUUUCCCACCAACUACCUUGUAAAGAGCAUGGUAGAGCUAAAUUUGGGACUAGGAGACGUUCGCGAGAUAAAAACCAAGAUUUCAGAAAGUAAAAACGUACUUGGAGAAGUCCAAAUUGCUAGUACGACUAUCGAUGAAAUCAUGAAAAUGGUCGAGGAUAAAAAACAGACGGUUAUCUCGGAUAUUAACCAAGUCUUUGACUCAUUAGUCGAAAGACUGCGAGACAGACAAGAACAGCUUACAGAGCGUUGCUGUAGCAAAGCAGCUGUAAGGCUUCGGGAUCUCAGGCAUCAGAAACAAUGUACAAAAGCAGUGGAACGCAUCAUGAAAGAAACUAUUGAACGGGUCGAGUUAUCGAUGGCCUGUUCAGUAGCCGAUGUACUACAGCGUAAAGAAGCUGUUCUAGAAGAGCUGAGUCAACUAGAUAUGUUUUUAGUCUUUAACGAGCCGAGGGAGGUCUCUGAGUUUAAGUUUGUAGUUGAGGGUGAACAAGAGAUAAUGAAUCGUAUAUCUGAAUUUGGAGAUAUCCACUGUUCAUUUGACGGGUCUGAUCAUAUUGUACCUGUUGCUGUGCCCAGCCACAUAAUGGGUGUUGACGUUCUCAAAGUGAUUGACAGCUUCAAUAAUGACGGCGAGAAUGAUGAACAAAGUACACUGACCCUCCCCUGGGGUGUCACCACUACAAACACUGACAUCAUUAUUGUAACAGAUCAUCAUCAAAAUCGUGUGCUUCAGUUUGAUGUUGAAGGGAACUUCUUAAAGUAUUACGCCGAAGAACACGAUAUACAUUUACCAACGGGAGUGGCAGUCAGCGACGAAGGUAACUUCAUGGUCCUUGACAGUGGAAACCAUUGCAUCAAAGAACUCAAUUCAUCAGGGGAUCUGGUCAGAAGUAUUGGAAAGAUGGGAUCAGGAUCAGGGGAAAUCGGGGAACGCGCGGAAGGCAUUACAGUUGAUCACGAAGGCCGUUUGAUUGUAGCUGACACUGCAAAUAACCGUGUCCAGGUUUUCCACAGAAACGGACGAAUGGCGUUGAAAUUCGGGGACACCGGAAAUGAGUGCUUAAGCCGUCCGUCUUGUGCGGUCUACCAUAAAGGGAAGUUCAUUGUCUCUGACACACACAACCACUGCCUGAAGUUUUAUAAUCGCAACGGUCUCUUGAUACGCCAAGUUGGAAUACCAGGAAAAGAAAGUGGUCAGUUCAGUCACCCAAGAGGAUUGACAGUUGAUGGAAAUGACAAUAUUUUAGUUUGUGACAGUGGGAACUGCAGGAUACAGGUGUUAGACUUCAAUGGAAACUUUAUCACGAGUUUUGGCACCAUGGGGGGUGAAGAUGGUCAGUUUUGUUUUCCUUACGCCAUCGCGAUCAACAGUCAAGGUUCCAUGGUAGUGACUGACUGUAAUAAUAACAGAAUCCAGAUCCUACGCUUCAAGAUACCGCCAAAUUGAUAUACUUAUUUCAAUGUCAAUAAAGUUAAUUUAGUCACCGAAAACCUACAUGCACACUCGUAAAAAGUCGAUGAGGAUCCUCUUAUUGAACAAAUAAUAAUUGAACAAACAUUGRACAAAUAGAGCAAUUUAAUGUACUAAUUGCACAGGGAGCCCGGCUUUGGAAUCUGUACAUGAAUAAAUAAAUCAAUAAAGUGCUUUGGGUUUCCUGUGUUGA